CUCACAAACACUUAUCUAUAGAAAAACUCACACUUGUGUAUAUGGACUGUCAGUUUUGUGCAUUAUUUCAUCUUCUAAAAAUCUCUCUCAUCUCACCCACACAUACUUACAGCCAUGCAUCUACUUCUUACUAAGCACUACUCUUGACCUCAAAACCACUCUCCAAUGGCUGCUCUACUCAAACUCUCCCAUACAAACCACACAAACAGAACAAGUUUCUCUACAUGGCCCAUUUGGGUGGUCUUCUUCAUUCUUGGAUUCUUUUGCAUGAAAUUAGUAGAGUGUGAUACUUCAGAGAUUUCUAUCAAGUUACUAAAGAAACCUGAAUUGGUAUCUAAUCUUGAUUCCCCUGCAUUUUCUUUCCAAGUUGGCAAUGAUGAAUCUCCUUGCACCAGUUGCAUCUCCACCUGCAAGCUGGAUGAUCUCCCACCAUCAAAUUGUUCAUCCGGGGAAGUUUCUUAUGUUAGAUUGCGAGAUGGGAACCAUACAUUUGAGGUGUGCACCAACGGGUCUCAUCUGCUCCGUUGUGCUACAUAUAACUGGACCAUUGAUACUGUUCUCCCAACAGGAUACGUUACAGCAUCAACAUCUUUUACAAAUGCUUCAAGUGUUUCUGCGUAUAUAUCGUUCAGUGAACCUUGUAGUGGAUUUAGAUGUUUGUCUGCGAAUGACUGCAGCCUUCUAGUUUAUGGUCCUGGCAACGUUAUUCCAAGCACUCUAAAGACAGUCAAGCAGAAUCUUGAAUAUUCUAUUUCAGUAAAUUUGUCUUCAACUACUGAGUUUGGAAGAGUUGUCUUAGUAACAGACAAAGAUUUUUGUAGAGAUACAGCUGGGAAUCAAUUUAUACGAAACAUGGCUUCCUGGUUCAUAGUUCAUUUUGACAGAAGAAAUGUAUAUGUUGAUCUACGGACUCAUAUACCCGAACAACUAAUUCAACUUGAUGAUAGUGUUAGAUCGGUUCAAGCGACUAAUAGAUACAAGAACCUGAAAUUAUAUCUAUAUUUCACCGAACCUAUAGUCAACACAUCGGCCGAAGUCUUGAAAUCUAUCGAAGUUAGUCAAGGAUCACUAGUUCUGGAUACCAAUAACAACGAUAGCCUUGGUAAUCGAAGAUUCGGUUUUCAGUUUGUAGAUAUAUCCAAUACUGCCAUUGUCACUGCGAGGCUAGACUCAGGAUUAGUCCUAACCAGACAAGGCACUCCAGUUAGUCCUGUUGCACCAGUCACUUUUCUCUUUGAUGUUCAACGGCCUAAUGUAAGAUUAAGCACAACUAGCCAUAUGAGGACUCAACAAAACCAUAUCCCGGUAAUAAUAAAGUUCAUGAAGCCCGUUUUCGGAUUUAAUUCGUCUCAGUUAUCUAUUUCUGGAGGAUGGUUGCAAAGAUUUCAUGAAAUAAGUAAGAGUGUCUACACUCUGGAUAUUCAACCAAUUGAAGAUAUGAUUUUUGUGCACGUUCCAGAAAAUGUAACGACAGAUGUAGCUGGAAACAAGAAUCUAGCAUCAAAUAUCUUAAAGCUAUCUCACUAUACCGUACCAACUGCAUCCAUGGUUCUUUCGAGCUCUACAACUGCUGCUUUUGUGUUGACCGCCUUUGUUGCAACCUUGCUCACUGUCUCCACUGCUUCCCUCCAGAAUUAUGGUGCAUUUGCAACACCAUCUCCAUUGUUAACUUCAAGCCCAGCUAGAAUUCUUUUUCGAAUUGUAUGUCACAUUCAAAUCUUUGUCUUAACUGGAUGGUUGGCGGUUCCUUUGCCGAUUGAAUAUAGUGAAUUUGUAAAGGGAUUAAGAUGGAGUAUACCAUAUUUCAGACUUCCAUGGGAAUCUGGUUAUGUGAAGCCUAUUUGGCCUACGAAUCCACAUUCAUACGGUUCUAAAAUCCAUGAUUUAGACACAAGUCUAGAAAAACCCGAAUCGGUAUAUGGAUUGCCACUCACUGCAAUGGAGUAUAAGUCGUUUUUUGAGAGCCAAAAUGUUAUUCCUGAGGCUGAAUAUAUCACAGAUUCAAAUGAUUCACACGGGUGGAGAAAUUUCAACCGGAUUAUGUUUUGGCUGGCAGUCAUGAGCGCUGGCUUGAUUAUUUUGCACAUUUUGUUUCUUCUUAUACUAAAACUAAGAAAGAAAACAGCGAAAGAGACCAGUUAUGUUUCUGUUAUAUUUCCGAGAUUCGAGGUCUUUCUGGUAAUUCUUGCAGUUCCUUGUGUUUCUGCAGCCUCAGCAUCACUACUAAAAGGUGGAUCAGCUGCUGGGAUUGCAGUGGGUGUUCUACUAUUAGGAGCCGUGUUAUUCCUGAUACUAGCAUUAUUUAUGUUCCUUUCUAUUGGAAUAUCAUUCGGGAAGCUACUUCAGUACAAAGAAGUUCACCACGAAGAUCAAAAAAUGCAUUGGUAUCAAGCACUAGUGAAGGUAACUUUGGGUCCUGGAAAGCGAGGCCAAUGGACAUGGAUCAACACCUCAAACUCGAAACUGCUACUCAUUUUAGGCCCUCUUUUCGAAGACCUAAGAGGACCACCAAAGUACAUGCUCUCUCAAAUUGCCGGAGGACUAGGUUAUAACACAACUAGAGGCAGUAUAAUCGCAUCAGAUGAUGAAAACGAAGAUGCAGAGGCGCCAUUUGUUCAAAAGGUAUUUGGGAUUUUAAGAAUCUACUACAUUUUCCUGGAGUCCAUUAAACGGGUAACUUUAGGAAUCUUAGUGGGUACUUUUUCAAGAAGCGGAUACUCUGAAACACCCACGAAAACCUUACUAUGUGUUACCUCAUUUCAACUGUUUUUCAUGGUCCUCAAGAAGCCAUUUAUCAAGAAAAAAGUUCAACUGGUGGAGAUCAUAGCAGUUGCGAGUCAAGUUGCAAUCUUUGCUAUAUGUUUGGUUCUUUUGAGAAAGAAUCUUUCUACCCAUGAUCAGACAAAGAUCGGAAUAGCCAUGCUUUGCUUGUUCUUAUUCACAUUCAUUGCCCAAAUCUUGAACGAAUGGAACUCUUUGAUGUGUCAGAUAAAACAACUUGACCCUGAUAACAAAUCUUUGUGGAUGGGUUUAAAAAUAGCAUCAUGGGGUAUUCUUCUGCUUUUUGUCCCUAUUAAGUUGAUGAAAAGCAUUGAGAGUCAGUUCCCGUUAAAAAGCCAGAGGCGCGAGGAUGCCACAGUGUUGCCGGUUGGGAGAUUUAGAAGCUCUAGUACACCAGAUCGUCCAUGGAUGAAACAACUGAGAGAUUUGGCCAAGUCUAGUUUUAGCAGAGAAAGUGGUACUGGUGGAACUCCAACUGACCCGUCAAGCAGUCAGACAAAAUGGAGUGGGUUUUGGGGCGGAAAGAGAAGUACAAGUUCGUCAGAGAAAACAUCCAUGGAUUCAAAAGCGAGACCGAAAGGAAUGUAUAAGGAAUUUGAAGCCAUUUUUGGGACCAAAUAAGUUAAUUUUAUUCAUCACUAAUAAACAUUUGCUAAAUGGUGUCAUGGAAUUUAACUACCUUGUGAAUAUGAUUAGUGUAAGAAUGUGAUUCUGUCACCGGCUUUGUCUUCUUUACAAGUAAACAUUUGCUAAGCUUAUAAACAAUGUGAUUUUGUCA